UUGUCCGUGUUCAUCUCUUUCCUCCUUUGGUACAAACCAGUGCUGCUAGCUGUGAGCUAACUAGCCGAGUGACUUCACCGUCCAGCUAAAUAAGUUAAUAAUACAAGAUCACUUUCGACGGCUGAUUCAACAAAGAAAUAUAUUUGUUGCUAAAUUACACUCGAAGUCGCUUUCUCUCCACUUCCGGAGAAAACGUUGAGCCAUGUACAAUGGGAUCGGCUUGACGACUCCUCGUGGCAGUGGCACCAAUGGCUACGUGCAGCGCAACCUGUCGAGCCUGCGGGUCAAACGACCACGGGAUGAACGUGGCGGUGAGCGGGAUGAGAAGGACCGGGAGAGGCUGGAGAGUCAGCUUAACAGACAACCAAAUGCUGACAUCCUGGAGCACCAACGGAAGAGACAGUUGGAGGUCAAGUGUGCUGAGCUGCAAGACAUGAUGGAGGAACAAGGGUAUUCUGCUGAGGAGAUUGAAGAGAAGGUGAACAGUUUCCGUAUGAUGCUGCAGGAAAAGCAGGAGCCGGCUCCCAAUACUAAUGAAAGACCAACGGUGACAGAGACUCAUGCUCUGGCUGCAGCAAAUCAGCAGAAAAACGACAGACUCCGCGCUGCCUUUGGCAUUGCCAGUGACUAUGUGGACGGAUCAUCCUUCCAUGCUGACCGCAAAGAAAAAGAGAAGGAGAAAAGGGAGCAGGAACGCUUGGAGAGGGAGAAGCAGCAGCAGCAAAAAUACAUGUUGUUGGAAGAUUCAGAGGGUUCCGAUUCCCCUCCCAAGAAACGGAGUCGAAAGAAGAAAAAGAAGGUCAAGAAAAGAGACAGCAGCUCAGAGGAGUCAUCCCCAUCUCCUUCCAGAGAGAAAAAGAAAUCCAAAAAGAAGAAAAAGAAACGUGAUGCAUCAGAAGAGGAGGAUGACGACAGUUCCUCAGACGAGAAGAAGAAGGUGUCAAAGAGGAAAACAAAGAAGAGUGUGAGUAAAAGUCCACCUGAAGCAAAAACGGCAAGGCACAGAAGUGUCUCAUCCAGCUCUGCUCACAGCAGUCAAUCUCCAGCUCCGAGAUCACGUCAACAAGAACAAAUGUCAAGAAAAACUGAUGAAGGAAGAAAAGGGAGAUCUCCAGACCGGAGGAGGCGAGGUAAUGAGGAGCACAGCCCUCCACGGCAAGCGACUGAAGGGUGGAGACCCAAUGCAGAGAGAGAAAAGCAGCAGACUUACGCCAAAAAGAGACACGACUCCUCAUCUCCUUCUCCAACACCACAGACUGAGAGAAGCCGACUUUCAAGAAGCAAGGAAAGAGAAAGAGGGAGACCAUCAAGAAGCAAACCAGAACUGAGCGAGAAGGUCAGGCGCUCCAGAAGCAAGGAGGUAGAGAGGAGGAGGUGUUCAGGAAGCCGAGAAAAUGAGAGGGAGAGAGGGAGGAGAUCCAGGAGUAGAGAGAUGGAGAAAGGGAGGAGAUCCAGGAGCAGAGAGAUGGAGAAAGGGAGGAGAUCCAGGAGCAGAGAUGUGGAGAAAGGGAGGAGAUCCAGGAGCAGAGAUGUGGAGAAAGGGAGGAGAUCCAGGAGCAGAGAGAUGGAGAGAGGGAGGAGAUCCAGGAGCAGAGAGAUGGAGAAAGGGAGGAGAUCCAGGAGCAGAGAGAUGGAGAAAGGGAGGAGAUCCAGGAGCAGAGACAUGGAGAAAGGGAGGAGAUCCAGGAGCAGAGAGAUGGAGAAAGGGAGGAGAUCCAGGAGCAGAGAGAUGGAGAAAGGGAGGAGAUCCAGGAGCAGAGACAUGGAGAAAGGAAGGAGAUCCAGGAGCAGAGACAUGGAGAAAGGGAGGAGAUCCAGGAGCAGAGACAUGGAGAAAGGGAGGAGAUCCAGGAGCAGAGACAUGGAGAAAGGAAGGAGAUCCAGGAGCAGAGAGAUGGAGAAAGGGAGGAGAUCCAGGAGCAGAGAAAUGGAGAAAGGGAGGAGAUCCAGGAGCAGAGAGUUGGAGAAAGGGAGGAGAUCCAAGAGCAGAGAAAUGGAGAAAGGGAGGAGAUCCAGGAGCAGAGAGAUGCAGAAGGGAAGAAGAUCGAGGAGUAGAGACAUGGAUAGAGGAAGGAGAUCAAGGAGUAGAGAGAUGGAGAAAGGGAGGAGGUCUAGGAGUCGAGAGAUGCAGAGGGGAAAAAGAUCAAGGAGCAGGGAGAUGGAUAGAGGAAGGAGAUCCAGGAGCAGAGAUGAUGAGAGGGACAGAGGUAGACCUUCAAGGAGCAGAGAGAUGGGGAAAGGGUGGCGAUCAAGAAGUAGAGACAUGGAGAAACGGAGGAGGUCAAGAAGCAGAGAAAAGACAGAGAAAGACAAAGGAAAGGAAAGGUUUCCACAGAGGACCAGACAUGAUUCCUCAUCAUCCCCCUCUCCUCCUCCUCCUCCUCCUCCUCCUCCUCCUAAACAUGACAACAGGGGUAGAAACAGAGACAUUGAGCAGGAGAAAGAAAGGAAUAAACAGAACACGAGGCAUGACUCCUCAUCACCCUCCCCUCCUCCUGAAAGGGAGAGGUCAAGGAGAGACAGAAGUGUUGACAGGGAGCGUAGAACAGAUAGGGUAACAGAGGAGCGUGAAAAUAGAAGAGAGAGUGGGAGGAGACAGGAGAGGGAGGUGUCUCCUCACCAACAGAAAAACGACAGAAGGAGAGACCGGGAUUCCUGUUCACCUGUCACCAAUGGAAGACAACAAGACAGGGAGGAUGAAAGAGGGAGGGAAAAGGACAGAGAGAGCAUUAAAGUGAGAGAUAGGCACCCAAGGGAACAAGACAGUAAGAGAGACGAAGCCUCCCGAUCAUCUGCAGAAAGCCGGCAAGAUGGAUUGAGAUCCACAGAGAAAGGAAGGAGUGAGAUGAGCGAGAGGCAGGAGAAGAUGAGAAGCCCUCAGAGGAAAGAAAAAACUGAGAAACAAGUGAAGCAGGCGGAGAAAAAACGAGACGGCAGUAGCAGCAGCAGCAGUAGUGGUAGCAGCAGCGAUAGUGACAGUGAUAGCUCUUCUUCCUCCUCCUCAUCAUCUUCAUCGUCAUCUUCCUCCUCCUCAUCUUCAGAGGAUGAGGACCAAGUGAAAACAGCCGCGGGAAAGGAAAAAAUUGUUCCAUCUGCCAUUGGGGCUGCAGUUAGGAGACAUUUAGCCAAUGGGAGGAAAGAAAGUCCAGUGUCUGCUUCAGAUGGCGAUGGGUCCAGGCGAGAGAGAGAAGGUGGAGCAGGUGGAGGAGACAAAGGUGCUACAUCAGACAGAGACAGACCUUCAAACAGACCUCCUUCAGACCUGCCUCGUACAAAAGGUCAGGAGCGAUACAGUCCAACACAAACAGACAGCCCCAGUCCGAGCGCUUCUCCACCCAGCAGAGGUGGAGACAGGUACUCGCCACCCACCCAGACUGAAUCUAUGAGGGUGAGGCCGGGACCAGGACCCAGAGCUGGAGACCGGGACAGAGGGAGGGAGCGGGAGCCAGCUCGGAGGUCGGACUCUACAUAUUCACGCUCUCCACCCCAGAAAACCUCUGCUCCUUCCCCACCUCGUCGUACUCCACCCAGGCAGUAUCAGGAUCCCCCACCCAGAUCCAGGAGAGCCUCUCCUCCUCCAGCCUGGUCAGACCGGGACAGGCAGAGGGAAAGAGACCGAGAAAGGGAAAGAGAAAGAGACAGAGAAAGAGACAGGAUCAGAGAGCGGGAGAAAGACAGGGAACGAGUAAAAACAGCCAGGAGGAGCAGAUCCAGAAGUCCAAGGAGGCGGAGUCCUCCAAGCAGGUCCAAUGUUUCACCUGCUCAGCGUAGGAGAAGAAGUAGUCGCUCACUUUCCAGAGAAAGGGAGAGGGAAAGGGAGAGAGAAAGGGAACGUGAACGGAACAGGCAGAGGGAGGCUGAAAAACAGAGGGAAAAAGAAAAGGAGCACCUAAAAGAAGCUCCUCCCCCACCCCACCGUUCAUCCUCCUCUUCCUCAUCUUCCAGUUCCUCCUCCUCUUCCUCAUCCUCACCCUCACCACCUAGAGAGAAGAAUGACUCCAAAGCACUGCCAGACAAAAGAGUCGAGCGAGAGGACAAAGAACAGAAAACUCGCUCCUCCUCCUCAUCCUCUCAGGCUCCACCUCCAGACAGAAGAACUGCUCAGUUAGACUCUAGACCCUCCGAUGUGACCCGCGGAAGGUCACCAGCUAACAGCCAAUCAGAGAGCCGGCAACCAGCACGAAGUCAACCCCAGAAACCAACACCACCUCAGCCCCCAGAACAACGAGUCAGAAAUGAGAGUACUGUGAACGGGAAGGAGGCAAAUGUAAAUAAGAAAGGCAGCAGGAGCAGCAGCUCCAGCUCCUCGUCCUCCUCCUCCUCAUCCUCUUCUUCCUCCUCCUCAUCGUCCUCUUCAGACAGUUCUGAUUCUGAGACAGAGCCACCAAAAGGAAAACCUGCCAAAGCUCAGAGCUCUGCCUCCUCAUCCUCUUCAUCUGGGGAUGAAAAGGCAGCGAAGAAUAAGAGCUCCCCUGAGCCUCGCAGAGUACCAGCUGAUUCGCUGAGAGAUUCUCGCUCACUGAGCUAUUCCCCGCCGAGAUACAUGAGAGCUGCACCAUCCUCACCUGGCCGCAGGAGUGGUAGCAGACAGUCUCCGAGCCGCUCGUCAGGCAGCAGACGAAGGAAAUGAGACGCCCUUUCUUUCUCCUCCUUUAACUGGACUCCGUGGUGAACUUCACAUCCAGCCGUCAUAGAUAAAUGUCUGUGAAUGUAAAGGGACUCGAUUCGGUUGGGAGCCAAAACACAUUAAUCAAUAACUUGUUUAUUUUUUAAUUGUGAUGAUCUGAGGCUGGCUUGUACAUCUUCUUUUUAUGACCCAAAUAAGAAAAAGAAAACACACACAUACACACACACACACACAGACACAGUCCUAAUGAACCUUCCUCUGAACAUGUUCCUCUGUACCUGUAUGGUUUGUUGCGUUAUACCUGUAGAUAUGACCUGUCUGUAUUUUGGUUUAUAUUGUGUAAUAGAUUUGAAGCAAUUUCCAUUUAAUGUUAGCAGACACUGCAACAUGUUGGUUAUUUCUUUGUUGAAAUGAUUAAUAAUAAUAAAAGGUAAUUGUACAUUUUA